AUAAUGUUUUCUUAAUAAAUUAAUCAUAUAUUUCUUUUUUUCCAGAUUGCAGAAUGGUCCCGGAUGGCGUAAACCUCUUGGUCUGCUUCACCUUAUUCGGUACCUUGGCUGAGGGACAAUUAAAACUUCCACCUUACCCCCCAGAUGUCAACUACACACCCACCUUCCCUCAACUAGUGGCCAAUAAUGGAUAUAAAGCGGAAACACACACGGUUACAACUGAGGAUGGAUACAUUCUAACGCUAUUCAGAAUUCCACGGGGAAAGAAAUGUCGUGGUCCCAUAAGACAACCUCCGGUGCUGAUCAUGCAUGGUUUUUUAGAAAGCGCUGACUGUUUUAUAGAUGGUGACCCAAACACUAAUCUUGGAUACCUGAUUCCUGACGAAUGCUACGAUACGUGGUUCGGCAGUUAUCGAGGAACAUUUUACUCCAGAGCUCAUGUAAUAUUGAACCCUGAUACAGAUAGAAAAUUCUGGCAGUUUUCAACUGAUGAAAUGGGAAUGUAUGACGUGUCUGCGUUUAUAGAUUAUGUUUUAAAUAAAACAGGGUCAGAACAGCUAAAUUACAUGGGAUUUUCUCAAGGAGGUGGCACGUUUUUCAUCAUGUGCUCUGAAAAACCUGGCUAUUGCAAUAAAGCAAAGCUCUUUAUAGGCUUAGCGCCUGCUACUAGACACUUAAACACAAGAUCUCUACCAUUCAGACUUAUAACGCAAGCUGUCAAUGGAAUUUUAGAACCACUAGAAGACGCUGGCAUUUACGAGUUUUUAACUAAAGGUUACCCUAUCCAGAGAAUCCUAAAUUUCCUUUGUCAGGAAGACAUAUUCGCUGGUAUAAUUUGUGGAACUUUAGACGCUAUUCUGGAUAGUCCCAAUCCAGGCUCAAUAACUGCUAAUACUUUAAGAAUAGUAUAUGAGCAUACACCGGCAGGUAUUUCAACUAAAUUAGCAGCUAGAUAUGGACAAGCAAUGACGGAGACGGAAUUUUUGAAGUUCGACUAUGGACCUACGGCUAAUACACAACUUUAUGGGAGGGCUAUCCCGCCAGCGUACAAUCUCUCAGCAGUAACCUGUCCUGUCGUAGUGAUUCAGGGUCUUAAUGAUGGGAUUGUGGAUAUGAGGGACUCUCUAUGGGCAGCAAAACAAAUGCCUAAUCUUCUCGAGUAUCAUAAUGUUUCUGAUCCGCUUUGGACACAUUUUGAUAAUAUCAGAAGCCAAUAUAUACCUAUAUAUACGUUUCCGACUGUGAGAAAGUAUUUAAGAGAGUAUAGUUCUGAUGGUUGUGGUUCUAAUGAUGAGUGUUCCCUACAUCCCAUUGGGGACUUAUAUAGUCAGCAAAUAAUAAGAAAGCCAAAGCGGUUUCCGGACUCCCUUUAG